UUGCGGCUUCACUUACAUCUCAUCGACCGCAGAGACUGUGUGUUUUCCCAAUGUUUCGAUAAAUUCCAACCACAUUUUUUACCUUGAAGGCACCCGAAAUCGAUAUAAAAAGCAUGUCAUCACCGAGUAGGAAUUCCAGUGGACCUACUCUGCGAAGAUCAAGACGAUUGAGUAAGGGAAAAGCCAACAGUUCUUUGUCGGCGAGUGGCACAGCUCAACAACCUACAACAUCAAGAACAAAAACAACUGGUACCCCGCAGGAUAGGAGCAGUCGACCCUACAGCCUCAGACGGAAAGCUUCACCAAUUCCCACGGCAUGUGAAACUAUCAAUGGUAUCCUGGCCGGCUCAUCCUCAGGUACCACUUCCAUCAGUGUGUCCGCGUCCAAGGCCAAGAGAUCGCGGCUCACCCACCACCAGGCUGCCCAGAGUGUAAACUUGUCCAAUCCCGAAGACAACUUCCUCCAGUAUCAUGUCCCAUCUGAAAUCCUGCUCAAGAUCUUCUCCUACCUGCUGGAGAAGGACUUGUGCAACGUGCUGUGCGUCUGCAAGCGGUUCAACACGUUAGCAGGGGACCCCACAGUAUGGAAAAAGAUGUACCAGUCAGUAUAUGAGAUGUCGCUGCCUUUGCUGCGCCCAGCACCAACAAGGUUUAAGUUCGUCCAGCCAGACAAGGUGGACUCCCCCAACAUCUGGAAGGAGAGCUUCAAAACACUAUACAAUGCGGUUCACGUAAAGCCGGGCCAUGCACGCCGCGUCUACGAAAACAGAGAGAUGUACAGGGGGAGAAAUAUCCAGUAUUACGACACGAUAGAGGAGGCUUUGUCAUCGGUGGAAGGGAACGAUUACCCACUAAUCCUACUACAUGCUGGGGUGUACAGCGGAGAGUGGCUGUACAUUGACACGCCGGUGUGCAUACUUGGUGCUGCGCCUGGUCAUAUUCCAGACAGUGUCAUCGUAGAAAACUUCAAGGAGUCAACAUUCGUCUUCUUCGAAGGCUGUGAGGAUGCCUACUUAGGACAUAUCAGCAUUAGGUUUAACCCUGACCACCAGUCCAACACCCCCCACCACAAGCACUCCUGCGUGGAAGUGGGCUCUUGCUGCUCGCCCAUCAUCGACAGCUGCAACAUCCGCAGUCGCUCACAAGGUAGAGCAAGGGUUGGUGCAGCUGUAAGCGUCAGUGGCAAGAAUGCAGCACCCACCGUCAAGAAUUGCGUCAUCAGCGACUGUGAGAACGUUGGACUGUUCAUCAAUGACCACGCCCAGGGUCACUACAUGGACUGUGAAAUCAGCGGCAAUGCCCUGGCGGGCAUCUGGGUCAAGAACCACGCCAAUCCCCUCAUCAGACGGUGUCAUAUCCACCACGGUAGGGACGUGGGCGUCUUCACUUUCGACAACGGCAUGGGUCACUUUGACAGGUGCGACAUCCACCACAACCGGAUAGCCGGCUUUGAGGUCAAGGCGGGGGCCAACCCCACGGUGGUCCACUGCGAGAUCCACCAUGGCCAGACGGGGGGCAUCUACGUCCACGAGAACGGCAGGGGGGAAUUCCUGGAGAACAAGAUCCACUCCAACACAUUUGCCGGUGUGUGGGUCACAUCAAACAGCGACCCCACCAUCAGGGGCAACGAGAUUUUCAACGGGCAUCAGGGUGGGGUGUACAUAUUUGGGGAGGGGCGGGGCUUGAUAGAGAAUAACGACAUCCACAGUAAUGCGCUGGCUGGCAUCCAAAUCCGAACCAACAGUAAUCCAAUCAUCAGGGGGAACCGUAUUCACGACGGACAGCACGGUGGUAUUUAUGUGCACGAAAAGGGCAAAGGAUUGAUAAUUGAGAAUGAGGUAUACAGCAACACACUGGCCGGGGUGUGGGUGACGACAGGUAGCUGCCCGGAGCUCAGACGGAACAGAAUACACAGCGGCAAACAGGUUGGAGUGUACUUCUACGACAAUGGCCACGGCACCUUGGAGGACAAUGACAUCUUCAACCAUAUGUACUCGGGGGUGCAGAUCCGGACAGGCAGUAACCCCAUCAUCCGGCGCAACAAGAUCUGGGGCGGUCAGAACGGCGGCAUCCUGGUGUAUAAUGGAGGUCUUGGCGUACUGGAGUAUAAUGAGAUUUUUGACAACGCCAUGGCAGGGGUGUGGAUUAAGACAGAUAGCAAUCCUCACUUGCAGUACAACAAGAUACAUGAUGGAAGGGAUGGGGGAAUCUGCAUCUUCAACGGAGGAAGGGGCUUGCUGGAGGAGAAUGAGAUCUUCCGCAACACCCAGGCGGGGGUCCUGAUCAGCUCCCAGAGCCACCCCAAGCUCAAGCGCAACAAGAUCUAUGACGGGCUGGCGGCGGGCAUCGAGAUCACCAACAACGCCACGGCCUACCUGGAGGGCAACCACGUCUUCAACAAUAAGUUUGCCGGCAUCUGCCUGGCCACGGGCGUCAACCCAGAAAUGAAAGAUAACAAGGUCCACGGUAACAAGAACGCCAUAGAGAAGGCAGUCAAGUGCGGCCGUUGCCUCUACAAGAUCUCCAGUUACACCAGCUACCCUAUGCACGACUUUUACAGGUGCAAAACGUGCAACACGACGGACCGUAAUGCCAUCUGUGUCAACUGCAUCAGACGAUGCCAUUCAGGCCAUGAUGUGGAGUUUGUCACGCACGACAGGUUUUUCUGUGAUUGCGGUGCUGGUACCCUGUCCCUCCAGUGCCAACUGGCUGGAGAACCCACCAAGGACACGGACACACUCUACGACUCAGCAGCACCCAUUGAGUCCCACACCCUCAUGGUCAACUAGCGACAGUUCCACCGCCACCCACCCAACCUCCUCCCAAAUUUGCCUUCUCCAUUCCCCCCCCCUUUACUCUUUUCCAACGCACUUCGUCAUUUUUUGACAUUGGGCACUCGCUUUCACAAAGGCCAACUGAAGAGAUAGUUGCAGGAAGAGACCCAUUCGCUUGCUGUGCCUGUCCACUUUUUUUUUCCCCCAAGUGUCACAGAAUCUUUUCUGUGGAACCUGACGCCUUGUCACCCCUUUUGCACAUUUUGUAUUGAUACACAAACUAUCUUGUGCGGCUGACGUCUUUGAACCAAUAAAACCUGGCAUUUUAUGCUGAUAGUCAACGGACGUAACCUGGGAGCGUUGUAGGAACUUAUCACUUUCCGGGCUGAAGUCAGGAAGCCAUGUACCUGUAAAGUCCAUUGGCUGCUCAAAGUUGCUUCAAGGGAAAAUGUCUUGCUAAACACAAUAGAGUGUAAGAUCCAAAUUUUUAUCAUGUGGUUGCACGAGAUCUGCACAGGAGCCGUUCCUUGACACCAGUGCUGCAUGCUAACCAUUUCUGAUAAGUUGUGCCCUGCUUGUGCCAGAUUCUUCCAUGUGUAGAGAGUUCUCACAAGCCCUCUUGAAGUUGGGUACGAUGGAUGCAUGGCCACUUUCACCUUUAAGCAACCUGUUUCCAUGUGCGAGUUGUGGUCAAAACUCAUUCAUGAGUUUGGACUCAAUGAUGUGCUCAUUUGUGAGUUUGCACUCACUUUCCAGUCUGCACUCGCUCAGUUUUUUUUUUGCUACCACGGCAAAGAGAUCUUGGCCUGUCACAAAAAUGCAAUCAACAUUUAUUGAUAUCAGUGUAGCGAUUUCAUUAGGUGUUUGCAUAGUGCAACGACAGCCAAACAUAAAAUCCCCCCCCCACAGAGAGACUGGGCACAUUGUCACAGCGAAUGGACUCACCUAGACAUUGUGGUUUGGUGUUUAGCAAAAAGCGGGCUUUGUAUCGGUUUACAUGUAGGUGCAAUGCAUGGUUGCGUGAUAGUCAUUUCAGAAUCACUGAAUGUAAGGCUGUGUCCAAAUUCCUUGGCUACGGCUAGAACUAACACACGGGUCUAUGGUAGUGGCCGUAGCUGGUUUCCAUUGAGUCGUGUGUGAUUCCAAGCCGCAGCCAAGUGAUUUGGACGCAGCGUAAGACCCCCAGAAAGUGGUCUUAUGACGAGGAAAAGGCAAAUGAUGAGGGUGCCAUACUCAUUGGAGACAUUGAAACCAGUGCAUUUUGGCACAUAAUGGCAUGCACCGUCAUUCACUGCAUCGGCUAGUCAAUACAGAUACGUAUUAUGAGGCCGUAUCAAGAUACCGGAUGGGACCUUAUUAAAUGUACGACCAGAAAGAGACAAAAAUUUCAUCAACAAUUUCCUUGCUGUUUCAAAUGUUAAAAAGGAGAGGAAAUUUGUAGUAUUGUGGAGACAGAGUUGGGCUUAUUUUAUGCGAACUUUGGCCGAAAUGUAACUUUCCAGCCAAAGGCCUGUAAUUUCGUUUGUUCAUAUUUAUGAAAUCUAAUAUAUCCACAAAAAGGAGAUAAACAGCAUCGUUUAUUUCCCGUGACUUUAUUGGACAUCUAUGUUCGAAAUGUCAAAAAGGAAAACCAAACAAGCUAGACUGAUGUUGAAACAAGCUAGACUGAUAUUUUGAUCAACCGAUUGAUCUGACAGGAUAUUAUUUGUUUCAAAAUAUUUUUUGAUAAAAGUGGGCAAAACAGAAUAGAUUGUUAAGAAAAGCAAUUUUUUUUUUCUUUACUAAAUGUGCUUCCUAGAAAACUGAAAGUGUUAAAAGCCUGGUCGUAGAAUUGUUAUUGUCCAUCUCAAGACAAAAUCAACUCAUUUUUUUUUUACACCUGUAUGUAAAUGUUUUGUUUUGAUAUCUGUUUAUCCUUCAGAAUUUUUCAGUGUUUUCAAGUGCCAUGCCUGCUUUUUCCUACCCUUAUUGUUUAUUUCGAAAGAGGUCACCGUUGUGGUCCACAAAACACAGUUGUGUGUGGAUGUAAUGUAGGCACUCCUCCUCUCUGCCAUUGUAUGUCGUCGAACACUUUGUGUACAACCAGUCUGUUACUCUUUGGACCACAGUGAAGUUUUUUUUUAAGGACAAACUGGUUGGAAAUAAAUGAUUAACACAACGGGAUGCAUUUCGAGCGAGAAAACAAACUCUGUUCCACCACUGUGCGUUAAAUGUAGCUACACAAACCUAGAUCAGAAAGAAACUGAGCCACUUUGGUCACGAGUCUGACCAGAAAUGGCCUCUACUUGACAUGACUUUUUACUUUAAUUGGUUCAUUGUUCAUCCCACUGCUUUGAAUGGAUAUAAUUCCUACACCUGACCAGGGCAAACAUUGUGUUAAGGGACACAUUUAAAGUGUUGAUCAAGGAGUUAGAAACUGCAGAGUUUUGAAGCCAUACGUGCUGGUGCUUAUCAAAUUACUAACACUUACUGUAGACAGGUUUUUAUUCAUUUGUCGUGGGGGCCCGGUAGACUUUCGUUAGUGAUGUCAGUUGAAGCGGCAGUAAUUUACAUUUUACUCUCUGCAUUUUAGUACUUAAAAAUGUGCAUUAUUCCACGCAAGAACUUCAGACUUCUCUCUUCUGAUGGCAUCUGAACAUUUACAUAUUUAAGGCAUUCUUUAUGGCACAACUAAAGUCCCACAACACUCCAUAUGUAACUGUUCAGUGAAGGGUCCUGUUUUACAUGAAGUGCAAAACUUGUAUUUACAAAUGAAUAUUUGGUGACUGGAGUAGUGAGACUGAAUUCACACUGCAACCAGUGGACGCUUUUGUUUUGUAAUACAUUUCUAUCCCCCCCCCCAAAGAGAUUAUUUGAUAUUUAGCUGCCCAGAAAUGAACUGACCAAACUUCUGCACCGUCCCAGAUGACACAGUGUAAAGCUUUAAAAUACUUGGGCUCAGUUUCACGGAGCUGUUUAACAGAAAUAGAGUUCUGGUCAAAAUUCUCACGCAAGGCAACAACUGGCAGGGAACCAGCCAGAAACAAUACCUGGCAACCUGUGACUGUGUAAGCAAAUGUCAUGCGUAGAGCUCCUGUGGAAUAGGCCUCUACACUGGUGCUGUCUCACUUUGAUUACAUGUGCGCCUACUUAUGGAGCUGGUGGAGGCCCGUCGACCACUGAGCACCACAGGAAGAACACACAGAAACAGUGUGGGAUCAUCAUUACAGAUGUCUGUAGAGGUUUUUGCAUGGUAACCAUCUUGCAUGGCAGUUCUUUUGUUCCACAGGGAAACCCCGUUUGUGCGUACUCUAUGAAACAAAAGCUUCGGCCUGCAAGAUGGCAGUCAUGCAAACCCACUAUUGCCCUGAGCCAGUUCAUAGAGCAAAGUGAAUACAAACACACUUUGGUGACAACAGAUCAGAUGUUCACACUGCAAUUUGCAAAAUUGUCAUUUGCCUGGGGUAUGAAUUGGCCUUUUAAAGUGUGGUGUUGCGGGUGGAAGUCCCACAUGUAUGGGCUUGUAAAUCAUUUCCCUAUUUUGGUCCGAAAUUCUUAUGCUCAAGAAGUAUGCUGUUGAAAAACAGAAUCCAGUGUAAUUUUAAAGAAGCCUAAAACUUAGGCCUUAUUCCAAAUAAAUGUUUUGCUUCAAAGUGAAAGUGAAAUAGGCAGAUGAAGUUGGAACUUUUUUUUCCAAAUGCAGAGAAGCAUCACACAUCAGCAGUUGUACUCAGUCUGUACAGUUCAUUGUAAUUAACCUGGAACAUUUCAGCCUUGAAUGGAAUUAUUGUUGACAGAUUUGUAAAUUGGCCUCUCUGAGAAAAGAAGCCAUUCGUUUGAUGGUCCGUUUAGUUUUUUGAGGAUGAUUUUAGUGUGGUGUAUCUUUACUUGUGUAGUAAGGUUUGUGUUUCUUCUGUCCAAACAUCAGGGCUCUUCCUCACAUAACCGAUUCUUGUAGUUGUUUACAGUAGCACUGUUAAUGUAUGGAUUCAAAAAAGAGACAACUCACAAGCACAUCAGCACUAUUCAUGGCAUUCAAGCAUUGAGUGGGGUCGUUUGCUCAACGCCAUCUCUGUCCUUUGUUUUGUUUUAACCCAGAAUAUCAACUUCUGAAUGGCACAGUAAAUGUAAUAUCUGGUGCUGAUAUGACAAUGGACAAAAUACUUAUUUUGUCCGUUGCCAUUAGGAUGCAACGGAAAGACAAAAGUGUCAGAACUAUUUGCUGAAUGGGAAAUACAGUUCCAGUCCAGAAUCUUUUAGGAAAACUUACAAAGAGCUACCAGCAAUAACAUGGCAAGUGUUGGGUUUAAUAUUAACUGGUGUUACCUCAUACGUAUUUUAGUUGGUGUUUUUUUUUUGUUUCUUUUAUUCUGUUCUCCUUUUGCAAAUGGAUAGGGGUGGAGAAAUGAACAAGCAGCGACUUGGUCGAGUCCAUCACGUCAUUUCCAAAGGCCACUCACAAGUAAAAGGAUGAAGGACAACAGGGAAGCCUGUGUCUUUAGUUCAUUUGAAUAGCUUGUGACUCAGACUUCAGACUGGGUGACUUGUGAUGGACUCGACUACAACAUUGAUAGUCUACUCAUCUGUUGAGUUGUGAGACCAUACAGAGAGAGUAGACUCCCUCAUGACCUGCCUUGCACAUGACCCGACUUGAAUGGAACGUUUGUUACUUUGCAAAGUGCCAAAGUAGAGCUAAUAUGUAAUACCAGGGACUGUCACAGGCCUAUCUGCAAACUCUUCUCGGCAGAACAGUUUGUAAAUCUGGACACUUUUUCCGUGUUCACUCUACCUACUUUCAGAAAUUUGAAAUAAUGUUGUUUUCACCCGGCACGUUGUAUUAAAUGUUGCAUUUCCGUGUACAUAGGAGUACCUGAGAGCGUGAACUUAAAGUUGAGUUUCAAAGCAAAUGGGUUGUACAGACUCGUUGCAUUUGUUGAAUCAAGUUAAAAAAUUCAUUGUUUCAAGAUCUGGUGGUGGUUCAAACCUGUGAACGGGAAGUAAACUUGGGGAAUCGGAAAUGACUACAUAGAUUUUGUUUACUGUUUUUGUUCGUCGCCACUGUAUUCAUGCAAGAUAUUCCUUGCUUACAAAUCAGAAACAGAUAAACUAAAGUUAAGUGAGAUGGAUUCAACCUUUCCUUUGGUGUAUCUCAUGUAGGUUGUUGAGACAUACGGCAAGGCAGUAGCAAGGCUAUGGCGCUGCAGACGGUAAAAAUAGAUGGAUUUUGUUUUAAUAUGUAGAGCCGUCGUCAUUGCUGUUCCCAGCAUAUCAAGGCUGUUCUCAGAUCUUUUGAGUAUAGUCUAUAAGAAAAGAAAAAUACCUGUACCUUGUUUAAUCACCCUGGGGUUUCCCCUGUGGUGGACCGCUAUAUUUUGAUGUUGAUUUAUUUGACUUGCCAAGCUACAACUGAUGGUGGCUACUGGAAAUAGUACAUGGGUCCGAACGGUGUUCAUUUUGAGUCACACCAUAUUGAAAAUAGUAUAUAUCUCGGCAUCUGCGCACCACUUUCGAUUUAAAACAAAGAAAGCUUCCAGUUUGUUUCAUUUUGCACAAAAGCAAUUGAGCAAUAUGGUGUAAUGUUUUAUUUGUGUUUUUGGUUUGUUUUUUAAUUGACUGUUGGUUGUCUUUGUCUGUGAUCAACAUCUUUUAAAACUUUGUGAAGAACACCUUUUGAAGCCUAAUCGGUAGACCGAGUGGAGAUAGUGAAUUUUCAUCCUGAAUACUUCCUACUAACAUACACAUGAAUUUGUACAAAUUAAUGUCACAAUUUGUUUAUAUACCGCUGCCUUUUAUUGAAGGUUUUUUUUCCUUACAAGCAGUACCUUAUUUGGGAAUCAUGAACCAGAGGGCCAGGGGAUGCAAAUUUACUCCUGUGUCGAGAUCACAUCUCAUGUGAAACAUGAAUGCUGAAGUACGUGCGACUUCCCGAAAGGUAGACUCAGAUUUGGGGAAAUCUUGGAAUGCUUCACCGGUUCCCUGCGUUAAGACAGUAGUUGUCAAGGAACCUUGUAUGGGGACCAUCAUAACAACCCCCUCCCCUCGGUUUCAUGAUUCCCCACAGCAGAGACGGUGUAUACAGUUUUAUGUAUAUAAUUUUUUUUUUCCUUUUCUCUUUCAAAGUGUUGUAAUCAAAACUUGUUUUUUUUUUUAUCACUGCUGCACCCAAGAUGCCUGUAGUAUCUGUUUGAAUUGGAUUGCCCUAUGUACUUAAGAAGGGAGUGGUGCUGAAAUCAUGAGACCAACCCUAAUGCACUUGGCCUGUUGAGAGUUAGGAUGAGGGUUAGAUCUAGUGACAAUUCUUGUUUUGAAAGUGGCUCCUUUGCAUCCCCAAUGCAGGCACGCGUGGGACUCGGAGAAGUUUUGUUACAAAGUGUAUUAAAUGAAUUUUUACAAGUUGGGAGAUGUUGGGUAUGAUUUUAAAAAAGUGCCAAUGAACAUGAAGACCAUUGCUGGCGUGUCCAGUCAUCAGACUGUUUUUUUUUUUUUUCAAAGGGUUAGGAAACUGCUCGUGUGGACAGAGGACAGAUUUGUUUCUGGGGCCAUUUUAAUAAAAUUUUCACCGUGUCUCUCAACUUGCAGAACAUAUACCUGCACUCCUUUAAAGGGGGAAAAAAAUUGUUUACCUUUGUUGGAGGUUGAGAAAAAAGUAGUUGAUUGUACAGUACCCGAUGUAGAGAUGAAGUAGAAUUGCUUUUGACGGAGCUUGCAAUUUGCAAUAUAGUAUACAAUUCACAAACUAUUAAUAUAAUUGUGGGACUUCGUAUUUUGUGGGAGUCCUGAAAAAAAUAAUGUAUUGAAGGGCUGCUAAUGUAUUUGGUCAAUCAAAUGUAUGUUAUAUUAUCAUCAUUCCUUUUUUUUUUGGAGUAGACAUGUCGGAUUGUGAUCUGUGUUUAUCAUCUGACUCGACUUUGAGGAUUCAUUCUUUGUAAUAUCCUGCAUGGCAGUUAAAAAAAAUGAUUGGCCAAAUAAAAGAGAGUGUGAGAGAGUGAGCGAUUUGAUUGGCCGGAAUACUGGCCAAUCGAACAAGUUUAA